AUGUAUAAAAUGGAAUAUUCUUACCUCAAUUCCUCUGCCUACGAGUCCUGUAUGGCUGGGAUGGACACCUCGAGCCUGGCUUCAGCCUAUGCUGACUUCAGUUCCUGCAGCCAGGCCAGUGGCUUCCAGUAUAACCCGAUAAGGACCACUUUUGGGGCCACGUCCGGCUGCCCGUCCCUCACGCCGGGAUCCUGCAGCCUCGGCACCCUCAGGGACCACCAGAGCAGUCCGUACGCCGCAGUUCCUUACAAACUCUUCACGGAUCACGGCGGCCUCAACGAGAAGCGCAAGCAGCGGCGCAUCCGCACCACUUUCACGAGUGCGCAGCUGAAAGAGCUGGAGAGGGUCUUCGCGGAGACGCACUACCCUGACAUCUACACCCGGGAGGAGCUGGCCCUGAAGAUCGACCUCACCGAGGCGCGAGUCCAGGUGUGGUUCCAGAACCGCCGCGCCAAGUUCCGCAAGCAGGAGCGCGCAGCAGCGGCUGCAGCGGCCGCGGCCAAAAACGGCUCUUCGGGAAAGAAGUCUGACUCCUCUCGGGACGACGAGAGCAAAGAGGCCAAGAGCACCGAUCCGGACAGCACCGGGGGUCCAGGUCCCAACCCCAACCCCACUCCCAGCUGCGGGGCGAGUGGCGGCGGCGGCGGCGGGCCCAGCCCCGCAGGAGCCCCGGGGGCGGCGGGUCCGGGGGGUCCGGGAGGCGAACCCGGUAAGAGCGGUGCGGCGGCGGCGGCGGCGGCGGCAGCGGCGGCGGCAGCGGCGGCGGCGGCAGCAGCGGCAGGAGGCCUGGCUGCGGCCGGGGGCCCCGGACAAGGCUGGGCACCCGGUCCCGGCCCCAUCACCUCCAUCCCGGAUUCGCUCGGGGGCCCCUUCGCCAGCGUCCUAUCUUCGCUCCAAAGACCCAACGGUGCCAAAGCCGCCUUAGUGAAGAGCAGUAUGUUCUGA